GCGAAAAUUACAUAAAAAAUUAGCGACACCCUUUUUUACAUGUCUGAUUCCUCGAUCAUCACGUUGGAACUGAAAAACAAAAAAACAGUCACCGGAAAACUGGAAUCGUACGAAAAUAAGCUGAUUGAGCUCACAGACGCGCAUUUCAUGGAUGAUGGGGAAAUUACAUACAGGAUAUUCAUCAAGGAGAAAGAUAUCAGCAAAAUAUUAAACAAUGAUGAGCAGCAUAUCAUAAGGAUGCCGGAGGGCGUAAAGGACUGGAACCAGUUCGAGGCCAACGAGCGGCUCUUCGGUAUCAAGCCAGAAUUUAAUGAAUCGGACUACACCACUGUUCUGGACAAGAACUCGGAAUUCUAUCUGAAGAACGUGGCGAAGGCGAAGAAGAUAGAACAUGACAUUUUGACAGCAAAGUGUAGCGAUAGACAUAGAAUGGAGGAGAGAGGUCUUAUUAGUUGUGAGAAUGAGGAGGACAGGUACUCGGCCGUUCUUCACAAGAAAAAGGGAAAAAAGAACGGAAAGAGCAGUAAAAAGGGAGAGAAAGAAACAGAGAGAGUGUCAAGCGACGGAGAGAAGAAGAAUAUAUCACAUGUGGGCGAGAAAAAGAUUGAGAAAGAGAGCGGCAAGAAGACGAGUACCUCAACCGAGGAAAACACCGAACAGGACGUGUUACAGGAUAAGACGGCAUGUCACGAAACAGACAAAACGAAUCUGACGAACGGUAAUGAAGCUCACGAGAACAAGUCGUGUGAGGAUGUUUCGGACAACAAGGCAUCCAAGGAGAAAGAAGAUACGAAGGGGCCCAUCUCACUGAAGGGUGUUUCGUACAAAAAGAACGUGAGCAGCACGUUCAAAACUAUUAGAGAGUACAUUGAGAGCAUCACAAGCAAAUUUACAGGCUCAUUAACAGCUGCUGGUAAAUGGGGAAGCGGUGACAGCUACAAGAUAAUUAACGACGACAAGCCGGCGAAGAAUCUAUUCGGCCGUAAACGAUGACAAGUUUGUGACAUGCCUCGAAUUAAAGACCUGUUUGGUAGGGAAAAUGGUUUGAGGUACGCACGUAUGAAAGUCAAGGCAUGAGCCAUGGGUUGUAUCAAGCUGCAGGUUUUUGGUCUUGAUGGAUGCUGUUUUGAUCGGUGAAUGAGAAAGUGGAGUAUUGGUGAAUAAAAG